AUGGAAAAGGAAUCAACAGAAUUUACAAGUUUUACUACCCCUUUAGGUAAAUUUAUGUAUGCAAGUAUGCCUUUUAGCCUAAGAAAUACACCAGCGCAUUUCCAAAACUUAAUGUAUAUCGUUCUUAGUAAACAUAUUGGAAAAAACAUCCAGGUUUAUAAGGAUGAUAUAAUAAUAGCGACAGAAACUAUUGAUCAGCAUUUUGAAAUAUAA